AUGAUUACUGCACGGGAAGGAAAGCCCACUGUUGAAAAAAACAAAGAUCUCACAAUUGGGGAACUCAAAUUCCAGAAGUCAUCAGAAGUUGCCUUAGACUUGGUCAAGGAACCUACAGCCUCCAUUCAGACUAAUGGUGAUAUUAAGCUUUCAGCAAAUGGAGCAGUUGUAAAAUCUGGAGAUGCUCCAAAGGGUGCAAAACCAGUUGCAGUUUCCGAGAAUAAAGUUGUGGCAAAUGGGGUUGCAAAUGGUUGCUAG